AUGUCUAAAGUUGAAGAGAGCCGAUUGUAUGCAUGGAAUAGUAAUUUGGAAAAGCGAGCGACUGUAGUUCGUCAUCGUCGAUCCCAACUUGAAGAAAAAAAGGGUGUCUGUAUUCAAUUGGAAGCUUCUUUAAUUGAGCUUGCUAAUGAAAAUGAUGCUACUGAACGAUUAUUAGUGCAAAAGGAACGAUAUAUGGCAUCUCGAAAAGCUGCUCUAGAAGAAGCUAAUAAGCAACGGAAUAUAAGACGAACCUUUUUAGAUGGAGAAAAAAGGAAAGCUGCUAUUAAAUUUGAGCAUAUUGAUAACGCUUUAGAUAAUGAAUGGCGUUUGCUAGAAGAAGAGGUAGCGGCGACAGAAUUAGAUCAUCAUCAACGAAUGAACCGUCUUCAGCAACAAUUAGAACAACUUAGUAAACAAGAAGAUGAACUUGUUGAAAAAAUCCGACAAGUAAACGAUGCUGAGUUGCGGAUAACAAAUCAAUUACGUCAAUUGAAACAAAAAGAAGAUCAGUUAAAAUCCUUAGCUGAAGCAACACUUCAACAAAUGAAGAAUGAGUUACGUGAACGUGAAUCACUUGUGAAUCAAUAG